AUGUCUGAGCUUGGAACUAGAGAGAAUAAGGGACAGCCAACAUUGCAUGAUAUAAAUGAGUUAAUAUGUAUGUGUUUUAUACUCUACCUAGCAGUAUGUACCGCUUACUUUAUUAAUGUAAUUUCACACCCCUUUGUUGUUGUUAUGGUCUAUGCUCCUCUUCGGAGUCUAGAUAAGCAGGAGAAGCAAUUAUAUGCUAAGUUGUCAAAGUGCGAGUUUUGGUUAAUAGAAGUGAGUUUUCUCGAUCAUGUGAUUUCUAGUGGAGGUAUUGAUGUUGAUCCUUCAAAGUUUGAGGUUUUGUUGCAGUGGGAGACUCCAAAGUCUGUCACUGAGAUCCAAAGUUUUCUUGGGUUAGCUGGUUAUUAUCGUAUAUUCAUUGAGGUCUUUUCUAAGUUGGCUUUUUCGUUAACUCAGCUAACUAGGAAGGGCCAGGCUUAUGUUUGGGAUGUGAAGUGUGAAGAGAGUUUCCAAAAGCUUAAGAGGAGGUUGACGUUAGCUCCAGUGUUGGUUUUGUCGAGUCCAACUGAAUCUUUUGUCGUGUGUUGUGAUACUUCUAAGAUGGAUUUAUGA